AUGGCCAUAGAGGAUAUAUCCACUCUCCCGUCGCACCGCCCAAUCUCCAUAUCAAGUCUUCACUCUGAACUAUACCCCGAUGCCAAAGUCAUCGAUACCAGCCAGUCAACUCGGCCUAUCAGCCUCACUCAUGUCCAAGAGAUAAAAGAUGAGAACGAGCAACCCCCUGUUUACCGCCUAUACAGGCGUCGCUUCACUGGCCUUCUUGGUUUCAUUCUACUGGGCCUCGUGACCGGUAUGCCUUGGGUAUGGUUUGGCCCCAUAUCGACUGAUACUGCUCAGGCCUUCGACAUUUCCAUCAACCAGGUGAACUGGCUUGGUAACAUCAUGUCCUGUGUCUUCCUCCCCGUCUCCCUCCUCAUUCCUAUUUUCUGCGCGCGCUUCGGCAUUCGCCGCUGUGCGGAAGUCGGUGUAGCGAUGCUCCUUAUAUCAGGCUGGGUGCGCUAUGCGGGCACCAUCGAGUCUUUGUCCCCUCAGAGUGCUUAUACUCUACUCAUCUUCGGCCAGUUGUUCUCGGCAAUAUCUCAACCUAUCUUCCAAGUCCUCGGUCCAAAAUAUUCCGAGAUGUGGUUUGACCUUAAAGGACGAACAACAGCAACAAUGGUGAUCGCCAUCUCCAACCCUGUAGGUGGUGCGAUUAGUCAAUUGCUUAGUCCUCUGGUCGGUACUCCAAGGCAAUCUAUACUGGUCCUAGCGAUCAUAUCUACUGUUGUUGUUCCGGCCAUUUUUCUCAUCGAGAGUGAACCACCAAGCCCACCUACAUAUGCAGGCUCCAAGGCCUCACAAUCACUCUACUCACUCCUAUGUGCGAUGGUCGGACGAGUUCGCCGCGACGACCCUGCUUACAUGACUCCUCACGAACGGCUGGACUUCACUAUCAAUACGCUAAUUUUUGGUGUACUCGCUGGCGCGGCAAACGCACUUAGCAUCCUUUCCGCGCAAUAUUUCGAACCUGAGGGGUACAGCGACAUUAUAGCAGGUCUAUUUGGCGCAACCCUCCUACUUAGUGGGGUUUUAGCCGGUGUCAUCACUGCUCCCCUGUUCGAUCGGGUAUUGACCCACCAUCUGGGCAUAACAAUAAAAAUUCUUGUCCCAAUUGCUGCAGGAGCGUGGUUGAGUCUAAUCUGGGCUGUCAAACCAAAUGACACCGGCGGUAUCUUCGCUAUCAUGGCCAUCAUCGGUAUCUGCUCCCUGAUUAUGCUCCCAGUUGGUCUUGAGUUGGCGGUCGAGGUUACCCGAAAUGCAGACAGCAGUGCCGCCAUUUUGUGGUGUUCUGGAAACGCAUUCGGCAUCAUAUUCAUUCUCGCGGAAGGUGCCCUUCGCGCAUCGGCGACCGCAUCCCCACCAUAUAACAUGCACACAGCUUUGGUGCUGCACGGCGUGAUAGUGAUGGUGGUGGGCUCGAGCGUUGUGUUUGUACGCGCGAAGCAGGUGCGGCGGGAAAUGGAUGUGCGCAUGGCGCAGCAGCUUGAUUCAAACCGGCAUAUGGAGGGGGUGCCGAUGCAUACAUUAGGCACGAGCUUUUCAGGUCAGUCGAUCCAGUCGAUAGACAAGGAGGAGAACGGAUGGAUACAGGAUGGAAAUAAAUCGAUACCAUUGCCUGAUAGAAGAGAUGAUACCAGGGCGGAGGUGAUCGGGACUGUUGUACGAUAA